CUGUUUGUGGUCCGGACAACAUCUUAAUAAAAGGUAGAAAACGAAAAAGGUUCAGGACAUAGGCUACCUCGAACGAGGACAUAGGGUAGUCAAGCGUCAAUUGAAGGAAAAUUAAAAGAUGGGUCGUCGCAAGUCGAAGCGCAAGCCUCCACCAAAAAGGAAGGCCAUAAUGCCUCUGGAGCAACAGUUCAACUGUCCUUUCUGCAAUCACGAGCGUUCGUGCGAAGUGAAAAUGGAUAAGACUCGUAAUCAUGCACGGAUCGCAUGUCGUAUGUGUGAGGAGAGCUUCCAAGUGUCUAUCAACUAUUUGUCGGAGCCCAUCGAUGUGUACAACGAGUGGAUCGAUAGCUGUGAGGAAGCGAAUACAGCGGCCUAAAGGAUUGAGACAUUUCUCCAAUGCGAUAUUCUCCUAUUAAAACAUAAACUCUAACAUUGUCGCAAUACAUACAUACAUACAAAUGUAUUAUGCUUGAUCUCAGCUGUAAAGCAUGCCAGCACAUGCUCUUUAACCAAACAACACUAAUCUUUAAGAUGGUAUUAUUAAGUAGCAUAAUUGACAAAAAUAUUUGAGCCCAUAGGUCCCUCAAAUUGGAAAUACUUAACAUUAUUAUUACUAAUAAAAUGAUUUUCGAUUUUGUUGACGGCAGCCGUGCUGGCCAAAAUAGCAA